AUGCCGUUUAGCAGUGUUUGCUGCUGUCCUAAACACGACGCGUGGGGAUUUGGACAAGUCGGUCCAAAGCAGCUGUUUUCAUUAUCAUAUCAGGAAACUAAGUACUGUGGCUCUGGAAAGUGGAGUACAGCUGGACACAAGGAGAGAAAACGAAAGAUUUGCAGUUUAUGCCGGGACAAAAUUAAGCUCUUAAAGAGAUGCGAAACACUGGAGUUUGAGGUAAGGUGAAGUCAGUAGAUCUUCGCACCUUCUGAUGAUGUGAUACUGUAUUAGAUCUUUUCGAAACCUAGGUGUUCCGUGUUACUCUUCUUUCAUUCAGCUUUUUUAUUUUUGUAGGCUGCUUCAUCAAGCCAAAUAGUAGAUUCACCGGCCACUGAAAAUGAACAAGUUGAAGUUUGUGUGCCACAGGAUGAGCCUGAUACUUUCAUUGAACAUUCUGUGACAGAGGACAAAGCUUGUCAAGUUCCCGAAAAUGCCCAUACACGCCAGGGUUAUGAAUGUGUUGGUCAUAGAAGGAAAAUGGACAUAAGAAGUGAAAUUAUGUGCAAAAUAGACGCAUUGCUAGAUAACUAUACUUCCGAUGGUGAGGAGGGUAGACAGGCCAUCGUGAAUGACAUUCUGAGCAGCCAAAAAUUCCAAGGGAAGUUUGGGGAUGUAUUUACCAAGCACCGAAAACAAAGCAGCGAUGACAAAAUUUUGAAAUUAUUGGCUAAGGACUACAUUGCAGCAAAAGACAAAGAGAGCAGCAAAUUGAUACGGGCACAGGGUGCUAAGGUAGCCAACAAACUUAUUAUAGGUGACAGCAUGAAAACUAGCAACUUGAUUGUCAGUGGAGUAAGGCAAGGAAAAAAUCGAACAGAGACGGCACAAGCCAUUGGCCGAUUGAGCAAGUUUGGGGACGAACGAAGAAGGCUUCUCUCAAUUGUGGCAUGUGACUUCUCAAUGUCAGAACUCCAGGAAUAUUUCCCCUGUUCAAAGAGUACAAUCACUGCAGCGCGAGUUCAUGCCAUCUUGUUUGGGAGAGGUGGUGUCCCCCGUGAUGGCUUGUCAUUUACCAGGCAGGCAGUGAGCCCUGAGAUCAUUCAAGAAUUCCAAAACUUUAUCACUCAAGAUGACAUCUCAAGGCCAUCUUCAUGUCGAAGCGUGCUUGUGGAUGCAAAAGAAACGGGAGUAAGAUAUUGGCUUUGUGAUAUAAAGGAAGUUAUUCAGCAGUACCAGCUCAAAUUUCCUGGUGGUCUGAAGAGAACCUACAUUUAUUCUCACUUGCCCAAAAACUUUCGUAUGAACUCAAUGUUGGCAGGUCUUUGCAACCUUUGCGAUGUCUUUGGACAUUCAAACUUUGAUGAGUUGGAAUUGCUAUUAGGCAAUAUCAGAGAAGAGGGUGUUAUAAGUGUCAGUACCCAUUCCAAUUUCACGGGCAUGUCCAGACAGUAUCAGAAGUUUCUAAAGGUGCAGUUCCCCAAAGAGGUAAGAAAUAGAGCAAAUUAUAUUUUAUUACAUGCAGCUUUUACCUUUGUAUUGCUGAUCGAAAAAGUCUUCAUAAUUGUGGAUCAAGCAAUAAAAUAACAAAGGUUGCGUAUGCCAAGGUGCUAGAAACCAUACUUUAAGAACAUAAAACGGUAGUGUCAAUACUUGAAGAGAAUCUAAUAGGAUUCGAAAUAACUGUUUAUAGGCAUUUAUUUGUUUGACACCUGUCUGUUUAGAACAUUUUGUUGAAAGUGCACAUCAAAAAGCUAGUUCUGAGACACUAUAUUUUCAUAAACUGUAGAGAGGUUAGGAAUGACAUUUACAGCAAAUGGUAAGCAUGAAUUUGCACCACAUGACCUUUGCCUGUCAUUUACUUCUACGAAAAAUAAGUAUUUUUACGUCAUUUUUAUUUAUACGAAUUGUUUUUAGCUGAUUUUAUAUGCUUAUUUUCUACUUUGAGACAUUCUCAACUUGAAACUGAUGUUUGUCGUCUACUGUAAACAUGACUAGUAAUCUCUCCAAUAUCUUCAAGGUGUUUCUGUUUCACCCAUCUUUGAGAAAGAGAAGUGUUUUCUAAUGUUUGGCCACUUUUGUUCUUUUUUUUUAUUUGGGUUUUAGUUGGAGAGGCAUUCAGCUUGUGCCGAGCUUUGUUUGGAUUAUGCCCUUGGCCAAUGCUCAGCAGAACAUAUGCAUCGUUCUUCAAAUGUGGAUGACUUUCACAAGUUAAGGAAAGAAAUAAAAGAUGCUCUGACUGGAAUUAAUGAUGCAGCUAAGAAGGCUUCAUUCACCAAGUCCUGGGAACAGAUUGAGUUGAACCACAAGGAGUACUUUGCACACAUUGUUCGCACCAAACAUCAGGGGGACUACUAUCGGUAUGUCCUUUCAAACCUUCAGCCCGGAGAGGUAGUUGUAAUCAUCGAUUACAAAAUGAAAGUUGAGCUUGGUCUUAGAACCCGUGAGAACCAAAGAGAAUGGUAUGGAAAAAGAGGAAUUUCUCUACAUGGUUUCCUUGUAAUUGCACAGGUAAGUUCAGUUCUUGGCACGAUUGUGAAAGUUUAGGUUGUUGCAUUGUCUGAUAGCCAAUCAAAUGAUAAUCAUCUUAUAGAUGUACAUGUAGGGUCAUUGUCCACACUUCCUUCAACCUAGUUUUCUUGUGAAUUGAGUAAUACCCUAUUUUUUAAAGAUAAAGCUGAAUUUUUUCAAUUCUGUAAUUGUGAGACUGUUGAUUUGCAAUUUUUGGUAUGUUCUGGGUCACUUCUUUCCCUUUGAAGAUAUUACCACCUGGCCAUAGCAAAACCUCAAUUUUGCUUUUCACAGUUUUGUCUUAGGUAGAUGACUUUUUGUUCCUUUUUGUUGGCCAUUUGAGGGCCUUGCAAGUUCUUCUGUUUCCUUUUAUAUGGGUGUGUUUGUAUUAAGAGGGAUUGGCUUUAUAACCCAAAACUAUGAAAUAGUAAUUUUUUGGGGGGGUGAAUUAAAUGUUUUUCAGGUGGCAGAGGGUCAGCGGAAAACAGAAGUCAUUGACUUGUGGUCAGAAGAUACCAAACAGGAUGCGUGGUUCACACAAAGUGCCCUUGACGUAGGAUUCAGAUGGUUAGAGACUGCUUACCCGGGAUUUUCUGUCUACCUGUUUUCUGGUAAGUCUCGUGAACAAAGUAACAUGAACAUGAAAUUAGUGAUUAUGAUAUGUACCAUUCAAAAGGUACUUGUUGUAUAGAUUGUAAAAGACAGUUCAAAAGUUCUUUUCUUUAUUUCCCAAAAACAGAAGGUAUUUUUUUCAUUACUUUUUCCUAAGAGUAGGUCCUUUCGUCCAGUUAGAAAAAAACAAACAAACAAAUUUUUGACUUGUGUUGCAAUGUGUUUUUUUUCUUUUCUAAGCUCUGCCUUUUCUAUUUUAUUUUUUUUUAGAUAAUGGGCCGCAUUAUCACAUUAGCGCAGUCCUCUUUUAUCUCUCUGAGGUGAACAGAGUUUUUAACUUCACACUAAAGGAAUACAACAACUUCGAAGCUGGAGAGGGGAAAUCCCAACUUGACUCCCACUUUGCGCACAUAAGCCAUAAAAUCGUUCGGUGGGUGCGUUUGGGCAAUGACCUAGAAAGCGGAGAGCAGGUUGCUGAAUUAAUAGAGGUAUGUAAAUGAAUAUAUUUUUUACUAUUGACUCUUUAACCUCUAAAAUGGCAAUAUUGCAUACUGAUUCCAAUUUCCUUUUUUUAAAAAUCCUACAUUUAUAAAGACGAUUAGAACUAGGCGAAUUAAUGCCAAUGUUUUUGUUGGAAUGGCAACUGUUACACCAGUGACAAUAUGCUUUAGAUCCCAAGUGCAAAUUUUAGAAUGGGAAUCCCUUUACCUAACUCAUUCCAGACCAGUGUAAAAAGGUUAAUGAAGUAUCCUUUCUUCUUUACAAUCUCUGAUAAAUUAUAUUUAUAACCUCUAAAAAGGCAUAUUAGUUGUGCCAAAAUGGCCAAACUAUGGUGAACAAUGAUGCAAGUUUUCAUUACAGAAACGCGCCCAUUGAAAAACGUCGCCCGUGAAAAGUGGGGUACCCAUUAGGCUUUGCGAGCAAAAACGAAGUUUCAAAGACUACCGUCGUUUUCGGUCUCUUAUGAACUUCAUAGCGGUUAACUAUUCUCACACUUUCAAGAGACAAUGCAGAAACAAUAGAAGUAGGCUGUCAUUGUUUUAAGUGUUGGAAUGUCUUUGUCAUUGCUACAAAGAAGAAAAUGUUUAUGCAAAGAGAAGCAUUUUUCUUCCUCGUGCACUAACAUAAAACCCUCGCGAAUUCGGUAGUCUCGUGCGAAUCGUUUUGAUGGCAAAACAGUUAAAGCUAAUCAGAAACCAAAGUAUUCUUCACUUAAAAACUCAUCUUCACGAAAAUCACUCGAUAAGAUUGAAUAAAAAUGUUUGCAGCGUUUAUAAAUAUUAUUAUCAGAAGCGGUAUUGUAGUUGUUUUCAAGAGACGGAUUAGAUCGCUGUCUAGGUUUGGCCGUUGAAUAUGUAGUUAUAGCGUUCUUAAAGAAAGUAUCGCUCUUAAUUUUGCCUUAUACUUUGCUAAAAUCAAUAUCUUAAAUGAAGAAUGUAAGUGAGAGUGCUUUUUCGUCGAAUUUGCCCGUAAAUUUUAAGGUUUAUAAUAUUAUCCAAAACCCGUGACAAAAUGUAAACAAACUAUUAACGCAUCGGUUGCGCUCAUAUUUCAUCGAUCGAUUCGAACACCAAGAAGUUUGUAAAAGGUAGAAAUUCAUUUUAAGUCAGUGCAUUGAAUUAUUUACGGCAAAAUCAACAACAAUGAUCCGAGGAUUUUUCAAUUUUGACGCGUUUAACAGCAAAAAGUCACAUGCUAAUUCGGAGUAAGUUUAGACAGUUUUUAAACAGACUGAGCUAUUGUUAGUCGCGUGAAGUUCUAUUCUUCAUCAAAGAAUAGGCAAAUGUUGCGGAUGUCUGAGCGGGAACAAUAACCAGGAAAGGGAUAUACCCAGGAGAUUUCUUGAUUGACACUAAAUUGACGUCAUUUUUCACUUAUUUGCAUUUUCACGAUCGACGUUUUUGAAUGGGCGCGUUUCUGUAAUGUGUCGUAUUCAAACGGUCAAUUCUUUUGAUUUUUGCAGUCAAUGAAGAAUGCAACAUGCAAGAAGCUCCUCAUUGAUAGGUCCAAAGCAAAAAAAGUGGGAACACUAAAAGAUAUAUCCCUGUUUGGAAGUUUUAUCUUCCCCACUGAGGGCCAAUUUGCCAAUGGCCUGCAGAUGAGACCACUAGCUGGAAUUGGAAAUAGUUCCAGCAAGAAGAAGGAGCAAAUAUGUCAACUAAGCGGGCGUCACAUUCCAAUAGCUGGUGCAACUGGUGCCAUUACCUCCGAAGAACAGCCUGAUGCAGAACCAGUUCAGUGCCCUACCUCUUUCCCAGCAUCGAGGAAUGAAAGAUAUUCUGUGAGUUUUAUCCAACAUGCACCUGAGCAAACAGUGGCUCCUUCACUGCACCCUGUUACAGAUGACCAGCAUCUACUGCUAAGGCUGGAGACUGGAUAUGCGCUGAAACAUGGCCCAGGAAAACGCACAGUUUUUAGUCAAGCCCAAAAAGAGAUCAUGAUAGAAUUUUAUAACAGGCAAGCGGUAAACCGCAUCAGAGCGGAACCUAAGGACGUCAUGAAGGCAAUGGCAGAUGCAGGAUUAGAAGUUCUUUCUGCAAUCCAAAUAAAGAAUUGGUGGUCUACAUACCACCGCAAGAACAGACAACAGCUAGCAGCUAAUAUGCCACCUGCUGUGACACCAGCUACUGUGCCAGAUGUGCCUUUAAGUUCAACAACAUCCUUUGUAAUACCAACUACAGUAACAUCCAGUGUAAUGGUACCCACUGUGGGAUGCAGUGUAAUGACAGCCACUUUGCCAUCCGGAAUGGUACCAGCUACAGUGACAUGUAGUGUACAGCCACCCACAUGUACAGUGACAUCUUGUUUAAUACCAGCUACAACAACUAAUGAAGUAUCACCUACAGGAACUAUGGCACCAACUAGGGUGACAACCAGUAGGACACCUGCCAUGACAUCCAGUACAAGUCCAGCAACUGUCCCUCCCAUACCACCACCACCUGCUCCUUCUUCCAGUGUUACGGCACUAUCACCUUCAAUCUCACAGGCAAUUUUGACUGAUCGUUUUUCACAGCUGUCAAGUGUUGUAACUGAAUGGUCAUUCCCAGAAAGUUUCAGCCAGUCCACUCUUGAUGGAAGGAAUGGAAGCAAUGCAUGUGCUUUCAUUUCUCUGUACUUUGGUCAAAUUGCUUCCAAAGGCCUGCUUCCCCCCCGAAAUGGACUUCACUUGGACAUCUCAUGGAAGGAUUCUCUCAGGCAGGCAAUCAUAAAAGGCAAUGAAUUGCAUGAUGAUUUGUUUGAUCAUGACGGUGUUGAUCUAAAUGUGGAUGAUGGAGCUGAAAUGGCUGGAGAGGACUGUGGCAUUCUCUGCAUUGGACAACAAAAAGAUUUAUUAGGAGGAGCUGGUGUUGCCAAGCAGUUACUUACCAAAUUUCUUGAUGAAUUGUCUAACAAGAAAGACCGAGUAUGCCUCCUAUUUUGCUCUUCUGGAAGAACAAUGUUUUUGCUGGUUGACAGCUGUGGCAGUUUCUAUUUUGCUGAUUCGCAUUCACAUGUUAACAGUGGCGCCCUUAUUGCCAGUGUAGGCCCAGGUCAAGGGAAAGCAUUUACCGACUGGAUUGAUAGAAUGAUGGACAUCAACUGGCAAUCCCCUCUUACACUGGGGUCAGUAACUGAGGUUAUCUAUGAAUAA